AUGGAUAUUUCCGAUCCCUUAAAGAAGAGGUUAGAAUGGAUGAGUUGUGAUGAUAGGACUCAUACAUUAUACAUUAAUGGAGUGAAAGAAUUUUUAGACUUUGCUUUUACUGAUUUACCUACCGGUAGUGAAAUUGAGGAAGAAGAAACUAAAGUCCCUUGCCCAUGUAAUCGAUGCAACAAUAGUAGACACAAAACCAGGGAAGAUAUUUUUGAGGAUUUGUUAUUGAACGGAAUUGUGAAAGGUUAUGUUCGUUGGAUCUAUCAUGGUGAAUAUAAACCCCCUGAAAAACGAUGUAGAGUUGAAACGGGAGAUAAGGGCCGGGAUGAAAUUUUUGAAAUGAUCUUUGAUGCUCAUGAGCCAAUGAGUUCAUAUGAUGUUCUAGAUGAGGAAGUUGAUAACCAUCCAGAACAUAACGACAUAAAGGGUUUAGGAGCUUUUGAAAGAUUAUUGAGAGAUGCUCAACAACGUCUAUACUCUGGUUGUGAUGACUAUUCAAAGUUGUUAUUUAUUUUAGAGAUGUUCCAAAUCAAAUGCAUGGAAGGAAUAACUAACAAAGCUUUCACAAAGAUGCUUAAAACGUACAAACGUGUUUUACCCAAAGAUGCAAAUGUGCCAUCAACAUACCGAGAAGCACGUAAAAUGGUUACUGAUUUGGGUUUUGAUUAUGAGAAGAUUGAAGCAUGUGAGAAUGAUUGUAUGUUGUUCUGGAAAGAGAGUGCUAACCUUGAAAAAUGUAGUGUAUGUGAUACAAAACGUAAUAAAACUUCUCCAAAAGUAUUGCGCUAUUUCCCAUUAACACCAAGAUUGCAAAGGCUGUUCAUGUCACGUAAAACUGCUAAUGACAUGAGAUGGCGUAAAGAUAAGCGAGAUGAUGAUGGAAUUCUUAGACACCCGGCUGAUAGCAAAGCAUGGAAGCAUUUCGAUGAGUCAUAUUCUUCUUUUGCUUUAGAGUCUCGUAACGUGAGAUUAGGUUUGGCAUCUGAUGGGUUUAACCCCUUUGGUGGUCUAAGAAGUGACUAUAGUAUAUGGCCAGUAGUGAUUGUCGUUUACAAUCUCCCUCCAUGGAUGUGCAUGAAACAACCUUAUACAAUGUUAUCUCUGUUAAUACCCGGUAAGAGUGCACCAGGCAAUAACAUUGACGUGUAUUUGAAACCUUUAGUUGAAGAACUAAAACAGUUGUGGGAAUUUGGGGCCAAGACUUAUGAUGCUUCAAAAAAUGAAUACUUUGAUAUGCAUGCAGCUCUCUUAUGGACUAUUAAUGAUUUUCCAGCGUAUGCAAACUUAUCUGGGUGGUCUACCAAAGGUUAUAAGGCAUGUCCUUGUUGUAUGAAUGAAACUUCUUCAACUAGACUACCUAAUUGUAGGAAAUGUUGCUAUAUGGACCAUCGACGAUUCCUUCAUGUAGAUCACAAAUGGAGAAAUAGUAAGUCUUUCAAUGGAAAAGUUGAAAGAAGAAGUCGCCCAAAAAAUUAUCAGGUAAUGAGAUUUUAG